UCAUGCAGCCAUCAUCAAUGUUUGGUUCCUUCCUGCUGAUAUUAUCAUAUCUCAGUGGCAGAGCAGAUGCAUAUAGCGAAUAUUUUUUGCAAACAUGUCACUCCAGCAAGUUGGAUCUGAGUGAUAUGGUGUAUGUUGAAUCCUAUUACUUCAAUAGGAUCAAGUAUUUAGUGUUUAACAGCACAUAUGGAAAGUUUGUUGGAUACACUGAAGUAGGGGAAAGAUUGGCAGAGGCUUACAACAGUAAUGAAGCAUUUUUGACCGAUGAGCAAAAUCUUGUCAACAGAUACUGCAAUCCAGCAGUUCGAUUAUAUAAAACUUAUGGGAUUCGUUUCAUAUCUGAGCCCAGAGUGAAGCUGAGUUUGGGGAAGCCUUUCAGUGAUAAUCACCCUGGCAUGCUGGUGUGCAGCGCGUAUGACUUCUACCCAAAAAUGAUCCACAUGAGCUGGUACAGAAAUGGACAGAAGGUGACCAGCGAUGUCUUGGCCACAGAGGAGCUAGCGGAUGGAGACUGGUUCUACCAGAGCCACUCCCAUCUGGAGUUCACCCCCAAAACUGGAGAGAAGAUCACCUGUGUGGUGGAGCACAUCAGCUUCAACAAGUCCCGAGAGUUUGUCUGGGACUCCUCCAUGCUCGAGUCUGAGAGGAAUAAGGUGGCCAUUGGGGCUGCUGGACUGGUGCUGGGCCUGGUGGUCUGUACUGCUGGACUGCUCUACUACAGGAAGAAGUCUCAAGGCCGGAUCAUGGUUCCGCCAGCAUUUGAGUUCAUUACUCACUGAAGGAGCCAUCUUUCAUGUGAGCUAUCAGCACACUUUAUGUCUCCAAAUGUGAACUAUAAAGCAGCUUUUAAUUCUGAACUGGUAUUGUAAAUGUCAUUGUCUUGCAUCUGACUUUUUGUACUUCUGUUAUUUCUUCCCUUUGCUAUUGCAUAGGAUGUUGUAGAUAGACAUAGUGCUUUGGUGUGAUUUAUCAAAUCCAUCUAAUGAGUAAUAUGUGAUCUGUAAUGGUAAAUGUGUUAACACUGGCUGUUUGUUUGCCCUUUGAUUCUACAAGAAUGAAUUCUGUCAUGUUACUUCAUGUAAUUCAUGUAACUGAGAUUUUUUUUGAGAUUAGGAAUAUGACUGUUGGCUAUUGGCUUGCAGCAGUGCCAUCAUUUCUUUACAUAUACUAUACCAUGUACUAUACCUUGAUGCAUCUAUAGUUCAUUAUUGUAAGAUUUAGCACGAAUGCAAAAUGUUAAAGAAAAAUGCAGGAGUUCCAUAGCCUAUUUAAAGGUGCAGAUGGUAGGCUACUUCAAUCACACAAAAGAAAGCGCACUUUAGGAUAUAUUGUUUAUUAGCUUAAGAUUUAGAUUGAAUGCAAAAUACUCAAAUCAAGUGUGAAAGUUAACAGGGGCCGGUUAAAUGUUUUUAUUAGGCUAUUUUUGUUGCCCUACAUGCUCCAAUAGCGUAUAAGAAAGCGCCCAUUAGGCUGUUUCAUUAGCCCAUGUCUAUUGUGAUGUUGAGAGGUGCGAGAUAAAAAUAAAGCUCUUUAAUUUUAAUGA